GCUAUGGGAUGGACCAAGAAGAGAACCACUAUGUGUCACGGCUCCGGGAGGUCUACACUAGCUGUGACACCACCGGGACCGGCUUCCUGGACCGAGAUGAGCUGACCCAACUCUGCCUGAAGCUGCAUCUGGAAAAGCAGCUGCCGCUCCUUCUGCGGAUGCUUCUUGGAAACAACCACUUUGCCCGGGUCAACUUCGAGGAGUUCAAGGAAGGUUUUGUCGCAUUGUUGUCAUCAGAUACUGCUGUGGAGCCUGAAGAGGAAAACACUAGUUCUUUGGGGUCAGCUGCUUCUGGUGUUGUGCCACCAAAGUAUGUGAGUGGCACCAAGAGGUACGGGCGUCGGAGCCACCCUGAGCCCUGCAGCUCUACGGCCAAGUAUCUCCCUGAACCGUCCACCAGGGCCCUGCUGAGAAGCCAGCUGCACCGUGCCGCAUCCCUGGAAAGCGUAGAGAGUCUCAAGUCGGAUGAAGAAGCUGAAAGCCCUAAAGAACCUCAGAAUGAGUUGUUUGAAGCACAAGGCCAGUUGCCAGCUUGGGGCUCUGAGGCACUCUCAAGCCCCCAGAAGUUCUGCGGUCCUGCCUUGGACUCUCCGAAGAGCCGCCUCUGGGGCAUCUGGAAGGAGCUGGGGGUCGGCGGCAGUGGCCACCUCACUGAGCAGGAGCUGGCGGUGGUGUGCCAGAGCGUUGGUCUCCAGACCCUGGAGAAAGAGGAGCUGGAGGACCUAUUCAACAAGCUGGAUCAAGAUGGGGAUGGCAGAGUGAGUCUCGAAGAGUUCCAGGUGGGCCUCUUCAACCAUGGCCCUGCCCCACUCCUGGACUUUUCCACUUCCAUCAGCCCCAGCAGGCCCUGGUCCCAUUACCAGGUGCUGGAAGAGGGCAGCUGCCACACUGCCACCACGUCGUCCCUCGUUUCCCUGUGCUCAGGCCCGCGUCUUCUCUGCAGCCUUGAUGAUGGCACUGGCUUUGUCUUGCCUGAGCAGCUCAUUGCCUUUUGGGCUCAAGAGGGGAUUCAGAAUGGAGCAGAGAUCCUACAGAGUCUUGACUUUAGUGUGGAUGAGAAGGUCAAUCUCCUGGAGUUGACUUGGGCCCUGGAGAAUGAGCUCGUGGCGGUCAGCGGUGCCACUCAGCAGGCGGCUUUGGCGUGCUACCGCCAGGAGCUGAGCUUCUGCCAGGGCCAGGCGGAGCAGAUGGCGAAGGAGCGAGACAAAGCCCGGCAGGACCUGGAAAAAGCCGAGAAGAGGAACCUGGAGUUUGCGAAAGAGAUGGACGACUGUCACUCAGCCCUCGAGCAGCUCACGGAGAAGAAGAUCAAACAUCUGGAGCAAAACUACCGGGAGCAGCUCAGCCUCCUGCGGGCCAAGGUGGAAGCGGAGCGUGAGGUGCUCUGGGAGCAGGCCCACAAGCAGAGGGCUGCGCUGGAGAUGGACCGGGACCGCCUGCACGCCGAGGAGGCCAGCCUGCGGGAGAAGCUGACCCUGGCGCUCAAGGAGAAUAGCCGGCUGCAGAAGGAGAUCACGGAGCUCGUGGGGCAGCUCUCAGAGUCUGAGAAGCUGAUCCUGAAACUGCAGAAGGAUCUGGAGUCUGUGUUGAAGGACAAGCGGGAGCCUCAGAGCACGGAGCUGCUGGCCCAGGAGGAGCACUUCGCUGAGAUCAUUCAGGAAUACAAGCGCAAGUGUCGGGACUUACAGGACCAGAACGAUGAGCUACAGGCUGCCUUUGAAGGCCUGCAGGCGAGGCUGCCCCUGAGCCCCCGAAGUCGACCCCACGCACAGCCAGAUGGACAGCUGCUCCUUGGACAUGACCCAACAGGCACUAUCCUGCAGGCAGGUGAUUCUGUUCCCAUGAGUAUCGAAAUGGAAAUCAUGAUGGAGCAGGUGAAGGAACAUUACCAAGACCUCAAGAUCCAGCUGGAAACCAAGGUCGACCACUACGAAAGGGAAAUGGAGAUGAUGAAGAGGGAUUUUGCACAGGAAAGAAACGAAAUGGAGCGGGCUUUUGCGCUUGAGGUCCGGGUGCUAGAGGACCAGAAAGCGGACUUAGAGGUGCUCCUCGGGCGAGCUCAGGAGCUCCUGCGUGGCCUGCAGGACCAACUCCGGGACAAGGUCCCCGGCCCAGAGCUGGAGCGGAGGUUGGAGCUGGAGAGGGGGGAGCUGGAGCAGCGCUGUGUGCAGGCACUGGCAGGCCUGGCGCGGCAGCUCACCCUGGAGAAGGAGCAGCAGGAGGAGGAGUUGCAGCUCAGGCACCAGAGUGAACUGCUGCACGUAAGGAUGGAGUUAGAUCAACUUUCUGAAGCAAACAUGUUAUUGACCAAUGAACUCGAAAGGACUCAGGAAGAACUUAGUGCUGCAGAAAGGACAAACAGCAUCCAGAGGAAGGAAAUGGAGGUCUUAAGGAGUGACAAAGAAAAGGUUGACUCUACACUUGAAGAACUUAGCAAGCAGAGUCAGAAAUACGAGGCUCAACUGACCCAGCUCAGCCAGACAGUUCAUCAGCUGAGAGAGGAGGCCUCUACACAACAAGCCCAAAACGAGAAGAACCACAGCACCAUUCAGCUGCUAACACAGAGGCUGGAGGAGGCCAAGCGCCAGGAGCAGCUGCAGGAAGAAUGUGAAGAGCAGCUGACAGCUGCAGAAGCACGGGCGAAGGAGGGGGAAAUGAUUCUGAAGAACGUGGAGGAGCUGCUGCAAGACAAAGUGGGUGAGCUGAAGGAGCAGCUGGCCAGGAGCGCCCGGGCCGACCUGCUGCUCCGAGAGCUCUACGUGGAGAACGCGCGCCUCAUGAAGCAGCUGCAGGGCGCCGAGGAGAAGCGGCGCGGCGCGGAGAGGAGCGCGCGGGGCCUGGAGGAGAAAGUCCGGGCUCUCAACAGGCUGCUGGGCAGGGUCUCCGCCGCGGCCCUGUCCGUGUGA